AUGUCAUCGAGAAAACCGUGCAGUGGAAUUGUAACGGAGGUGAUGGUAUUGCUUAUUGCUGCCAGUACAAUUCAAGCGAGCCCUAUGAAUACAACGAAUGAAGACGAUAUUGGCAAUACAGCGACAGAUACUACCAACACCAUUAAGAAUGAAGGAUUGCUUAUGAUGAAGGAAAUGGUGCUGGAAAUGCCAGUCAAAGCAGCUGCUUAUCAGAUAAAUACCGAUAGCUUAAUUGCAGUACUGCAAAAUAAGGUGAGGUUUAUGCUGUGGCUUUUAUAA